UUCGUGCAAUCGCAAUCGCAAUCAAUCGCAUCGUGGAACGUCCAUGCUUGGUUGCCACACAACCGGCACAAUUUUAGGUGUUGAUAAUUUGUUCAUACUACCGGUAAAACAAUUUAAAUUCCUAAGGCUUUAACAAGAUUUAUCAAAGUUUAAAAUUUGCUGCAAAGAUGUUUUGGGGUUUAGUUUUGGAGCCUGGAAAGCGUUAUAGCACUACUGUUGAGAAGGGGUUUCAUGUGUCAAAGGCUGCAUUAGAUUGCUCCUCUAUUAGAAAUGAAAGUGAAAUCCUCAGUGUAAUGUUGGAAACAGAAGGCUCAGAAAACUUGCUUUGCAAUCUGUGUAAGGGAAAAGGAAUCCUGCAAGAGUCUCUGGACCUGAAUUUUAUGUCUGGUGACAGAUUGACAUUUGAGUGUCGGGGUCAUGGACGAAUUCAUCUCACAGGAUAUUUGUUGCCUGAAGAGGAUGACAUCUCUGGAAUGCUAGGCGAUGAAGAAGAAUCAGAAGAAGAAGAAGAGGAAACCGAAUGGUCCACAAGUCCAGAGAAACCCAAGAAAGAAAAAAGAAAAUCUGAUGCACCGCCUGGUAUACCUGCAAAAAAGAAAAAGACCCUAGCUCUGGAUGAUGAUACUAAAGAGUCAGAUUCGGAUGGAGAUGAGCUCUCAGAUCUGUCAGAUGGACUAGAUGACGAUGAAAAAAUGGAGGAUGAAGAAGACGACGAUGAAGGUGAGGAGGAUGAUGAUGAAACUGAUGAAGAAGACGAGUCAGAAGAGGAACGAGAAAACCUCAACGUUAGUCAUAAGAAGAAACAAAAAGAAGAUAAAAAUAAAACACCAAGCAAGCAGAAUGUCGCUACUCCAAAGAAAACACCAGUUACUAAUGGUGUCACUCCAAAAGAUCAAAAAUCGAACAAGAAGACUCCUGGAGGAGACAAGACACCUAACAGCAUAUCUCCCAAGCACAAACAGGUCCUGGACCAGGGAGUUGUAGUGAAAGAAAUUAAGGUCGGCACAGGACAACCAGCCAAGUUUGGUCGAACGGUCGCUGUUCAUUACAUAGGAAAGUUGAAAGACAGUAACAAGGUGUUUGAUAAACAAACCAAGGGAGAAGGAUUCAAGUUCAAACUGGGGAAAGGUGAAGUAAUCAAAGGAUGGGACAUUGGACUUCAAAAUAUGAAAGUUGGCGGCAAGAGAGUGAUCCACUGCCCUCCUGAAGUUGCAUAUGGAGCGAAAGGGGCACCACCGAAAAUUCCACCUAACAGUACUCUCAUUUUUGAGGUGGAGCUGAAGAACGUACAUUAGGGCGCUACUUACUUUCCUGUAUUAGGUUUUAAGUUUUGACAGAAGAUGUACAAGGACUGCAGUCUGUGUAACUACCAUCUGGUCUAUCUGUUAAAUUUCUCUUAGAAUAAUUCUGUGAUAAGUGACUUGGUAAGUUUUUUCAUAUUUUCAGUAAUGUUGUGUUCAAGUUUGUGUAGUUAUAAUCCACGGGAAAGUCUUUUUACCAGCAGUAUUUUUGUACCGAGUAAGAGUAAAACAUUGUCACUUAGCUGCUAUACUUUUGUUUUAAGUCCCAUUAUCAAUGAUCAACUGAUCCCCAAGCUGCAUUUGCAACUGACUGUAUAAAGAAAUUGAAUAAAUUGUUUUUACAAAACA